ACAACGCUAUUUCCGGUCUCCUCACUUCCGGCUUCGCUGAUCUUGGUGCUGGUUCUGGAGGCCGGGUUGAGAGGUCGCGGGUCCGACUGUCCUCGGCGGUUGGUCAGUGUGAAUUUGUGACAGCUGCACUUGCUCCCCGCCCCCGAGCAGCCGAGGUGCGUGGGGGAAGAGGAAGAAGGAAAAGCUCCGGGUCUCGUUUCCGCUCACUUCUUGCCGGGGUUGAGGCGAUUCCAGAGAGCGGCGGAAGGGAUAAGCGUCGACUUAGAAGCUACCGAGUUACCCUAAGACAGAGUCUCACUCUGUUGCCCAGGCUGGAGUGCAGUAACGCAAUCUCGGUUCACUGCAACCUCUGCCUCCCGGGUUCAAGUGAUUCUCCUGUCUCAGCCUCCCGAGUCGCUGGGACCACAGGAGUCUACCAUGGCUCAAGAAUCUCCCAAAAAUUCAGCAGCAGAAAUUCCAGUGACUAGUAAUGGAGAAGUUGAUGACUCUCGUGAACACGGCUUUAAUAGGGAUUUGAAGCAUUCAUUACCAUCUGGACUUGGUCUCUCAGAAACUCAAAUUACAUCUCAUGGCUUUGACAAUACCAAAGAGGGGGUUAUUGAAGCAGGAGCAUUUCAAGGUUCCCCAGCACCGCCACUGCCAUCUGUUAUGUCUCCUAGCAGGGUUGCAGCUAGUCGACUGGCUCAACAAGGAAGUGAUUUAAUUGUUCCUGCAGGUGGCCAGAGAACACAGACAAAAAGUGGACCAGUUAUUCUAGCAGAUGAAAUUAAAAAUCCUGCAAUGGAAAAGUUAGAACUUGUUAGAAAAUGGAGUCUAAACACCUAUAAGUGUACUCGACAGAUUAUCUCUGAGAAGCUAGGCCGCGGCUCAAGAACUGUGGACCUUGAACUUGAAGCUCAAAUUGAUAUAUUAAGGGAUAACAAGAAAAAAUAUGAAAAUAUUUUAAAACUGGCUCAAACAUUGUCAACCCAGCUUUUCCAGAUGGUACAUACCCAAAGGCAACUUGGAGAUGCAUUUGCUGACCUGAGUUUGAAGUCACUAGAACUUCAUGAAGAAUUUGGCUAUAAUGCCGAUACCCAGAAGCUGCUGGCUAAAAAUGGAGAGACUCUUCUUGGAGCCAUUAAUUUUUUCAUUGCUAGUGUGAACACUUUGGUGAAUAAAACAAUUGAAGAUACAUUAAUGACUGUGAAACAGUAUGAAAGUGCCAGGAUUGAAUAUGAUGCAUAUCGCACUGAUUUGGAAGAACUGAAUCUUGGACCACGUGACACAAACACUCUGCCAAAGAUUGAGCAGUCACAGCAUCUCUUCCAAGCACAUAAGGAAAAAUAUGAUAAAAUGCGCAAUGAUGUUUCUGUCAAACUGAAAUUUCUAGAAGAAAAUAAGGUUAAAGUAUUGCACAAUCAGCUGGUCCUUUUCCACAAUGCCAUCGCCGCUUACUUUGCUGGGAAUCAGAAGCAGCUUGAACAGACACUUAAACAGUUCCAUAUCAAAUUGAAAACCCCUGGAGUGGAUGCCCCAUCUUGGCUUGAAGAACAGUGAAAUCAAAGCAGAAAAUAAAAAGAAAGUCAUGUUGUUAUAUUUCUAAACAAACCUAACAAGAAUUAAGCAGAGUUGGGGGAAGUGGAAGGGGUGACAAGCAUUGUAGUGAUUCUUGCACAAACAGCUUUAAUUUUUCCCUUUUUCAUACUUUAACAAUUGAACUGUUAAAUUUGAUGGGAAGGUGGGUGGUUUUAAUGUAAACAUAGUUUCUAUAAUCUGAACACAAUAAUUUUCCUUUUUGAGAAAUCCUUUUGUAUUGUGAGGGUUGAUGGCUAUUUCUGUAGUUUGAAAACAUCUACUAUAGAUUUGCACUGACGAGAUAAAAAUUCAAGGUUUUUGGUCCUGGAAAUGAGGGCCAACUAACUUUUCCAAAGGGAGGUUUACAUGAUUUGUAUCAACAUCAGAUAUUUUAUAUAUGAAUAUAUUAAACAUCUUUAAGAGAUUCCUUUUCAUGUAUUAAAGAAAAAAGAAACUAUUUUGCAGAGUAAAGUUAUAUGGUGUUCCUGCAGCGUCCACACAGAGGCAGCAGCUCUAAUGAAUGGUUAGCUUGUGGAGUUGUGACAAAUACCUUUUUAAAAAUGAAUCUGUACCCUUGUAAUUUUGUUUAGACUUUUUUUUAAAGACACAGAAAUCACAUUGUCAUUUCUGUGAGGCUUUUAAGCUUAUGAAUUUGCCUCACCCAAAGUCAUUGGACAGUUACGUUUGCAAUUUCUUUUGGUUCAUAACAAAACCUGCUUAAGAGAAUUUUUUUUUUGACAGGUGGACAUGGGAAUGGAAAUUCUUGAUGGUUUCUAGAGUAGAAAUCUGUUCUUAGAAAACUAGUUUUUGGGUCAAUUCCAUUUUGAUAGAAGCGAAUGCAUAGACAGCUUUUAUUGACUUCCAUAUAUGUAACAAUACCGUUUAAGCCUUAAAUCACAGAUAUGUGCCUUCUCAGAUACAGUAAUUCUUGUUCAACCAAUGUACAAAAUCCAUAAAGAAACCCCUGUUGGAUAAUGUUUGAUGUGUCCAUUCCUUCCAUGGAAAGCAGCACUACGUAUAAAUGUUGGGUUUCUUUGUACUUGUUAAGCCACAUUUGAGGUUUAUGGUAAAAAUCAUCUUUUGAGUUUGCUCUUUGGUUUUUCAUCAUUCCUUUUGAGGAAUGGGAAAACAGAAGGAUUCUUUGAUUUGGGUAAUGAAGAGGUAAUGUGGGACAGUGCGGUGGUGCCAGGAAGAAAGAGGAUUGGAAAGGCCAGUACUGUUUUAGUUGCUCGGCACUACUGGUUUUGUGUUCAUGUGGUUGCCCUGUCCACUACAUGGUUCUGUCAGUAGUGUAAUCCAUUUUCAAUGUAAAGCUCUUUCAGUUUUUGUCAUAGACAUAAAUUAAUAUUUUUAGAGGCAUCCCUCGCCUGUUCAUUUCUUCUGUGUUGAAAUGAAGUACCUAAAAUAACCGUUACACAUGAACUUUGUGGACUGUAAGAUUUGUUAUAUAUGUUCAAAUGCCUUUUAGGUGGCUUUUUAAUUAAUAUGCCUGUGUUGAGCGCUUAAUACAAUGUAAUGUGAUUGUAAAUCAUAAACCUAUUUUAAAUCAUUCCUUCCUGUAUAUUUGUACUCAGAGAGCCUUAUUUUAUUCUUCCAGCAGAAUUACUACUUGUGAUAGUUCAUUUACAUUCCCCAGAAUGUGCCUCUGGUGUGAAUUUUGUAUUCUUAUUAAAAGUGUUUGCUGCAGUAAA